AUGGCGUCGGAAUCCGUCCAAGACACGUUGGAUGCAGGCGACGUGCAGGGUGCGCUGAAUGCACCAGACGCACAGGAUCCAGACGCAUAUUCCCUUCUGUACAUGAUGUAUGGACACUCGAAGAGCGUAACCAGCAUUGCGUUCUCGUACGAUGGCCAAAAAAUAGCAACAGGCGGAGCGGACAAGCUCGUCAAUAUAUGGCAAGUUCAUACAGGCCGUAUGUUACACACGUUGGAAGGUCAUACGCAUGGAGUGAACGGCGUCUGUUGGACACGCGACUCAGCGUACGUUGCGAGUGUGUCAGACGACCGCAGUGUGCGUCUAUGGGAUGCAGAAUCGGGCCACUUAGUGCGCACGUUUCUAGGCCACACUUCGUAUGUGAUGUGUGUUGCAUGCCAUCCACUCAGCACACUGCUCAUCAGCGGUGGCUUUGACGAGACAAUCCGCAUGUGGGACAUCCAGCGCGGCACAUGUCAUCGCGAAAUCGCUGCACACUCCGAGGCUGUGACAUGCGUGGACUUCUGCAUGGAUGGCACCAUGAUAGCAAGCUCGUCGUAUGAUGGACUCAUCCGUCUGUGGGACACGAGUUCCGGUCUGUGUCUGCGCACACUCCAGCAUACAGACCAGGCACCGGUGGCAUCGGUCCAGUUUUCUCCCUCAUCACUGCAGCUGCUUGCGUCGAGUCUCGAUAGCGCCGUGCGCUUGUGGGACAUUGCCAAUGCGCGUAUCCUCAAAACAUACACAUCGCACAAAAAUACACAAUAUGCUGGUACAGGCAUAUUAGUAUUCCGCCCAUCUCGCACUUGUGUCGCUUGCGGCAGUGAAGACCGCCUUGUGUAUGUAUGGGAUGUUCAAACGAAACGCGUGGUUUGCAAAUUGGCCGCGCACAGAGAUGCUGUGAUUUGCGUUGCGGCUCAUCCCACCCUUCCCAUACUUGCCUCUGCUGGCCUUGCGCAGGACGCGAGCGUAGCACUGUGGGUGGAUCGCAGAGUCACGUGA